AUGCCGCUGGUGCGGAGGGACGCGUGGAGAUGCUGCCCCGAUGGUGGCGUGGUCGCCUCUGGCAGGCCGGCAGCACCGCGUCUGGCAGGCCGGCGCGACAUCACAGCAAUGUCAGCAUCGUACACCUGGCAGCUCACCCCGCAAGCAUCGCCAAGAAGAGUGGUUGUGCUAACUCCAUCAUGUGCGGAGAGCUUAACAGAGCUGCUCCACAGACCAGUACUUGCCGAUACAUUCCAGGAGGAGGAGAGCAGUCCCAAUUUAGAAGAGAAGAUUGAUGAGCAGCCGCCCGCCUCGCCACCUCCGGCAACACAUAUCACCACUGACAUCACAGUCUCGCUACCUCCGGCAACAUAUAUCACCACUGACAUCACAGUCUCGCCACCUCCGGCAACAUAUAUCACCACUGACAUCACAGUCUCGCCACCUCCGGCAACAUAUAUCACCACUGACAUCACAGCCUCGCCACCUCCGGCAACAUAUAUCACCACUGACAUCACAGCCUCGCCACCUCCGUCAACAUAUAUCACCACUGACAUCACAGCCUCGCCACCUCCGUCAACAUAUAUCACCACUGACAUCACAGCCUCGCCACCUCCGUCAACAUAUAUCACCACUGACAUCACAGCCUCGCCACCUCCGUCAACAUAUAUCACCACUGACAUCACAGCCUCGCCACCUCCGUCAACAUAUAUCACCACUGACAUCACAGCCUCGCCACCUCCGUCAACAUAUAUCACCACUGACAUCACAGCCUCACCACCUCCGUCAACAUAUAUUACCACUGACAUCACAGCCUCGCCACCUCCGGCAACAUAUAUCACCACUGACAUCACAGCCUCGCCACCUUAUGGGUCACUCUUCAUCACAUUCAACUCGUGA